UGUCUGAGAAAAUCUGAGUCUUAAGAAGUUCUAACUGGAGAGCAUGGACCAUAAACCUGUCUGCGAGUUACGGCGCACCGAGCGCAUCCAGGUAGCGUAACACCUCGAUCGCAAAUGUAAGAACAGGAAUGGCGUGCUUUGACGACCGUCGCAGCCUCGGCGAUAAGAGGCAAAAGAACAGCAUCCUCUACAGCAUCUUGAAAAACGAUGGGCAGGAAGAAAGGCAAGCGCCAGGGCGAUCAGGUGCGGCGGUCCCGCUGCAGGCGUGCUCCUGUGUGUCUGAGACUAAAGUUAGGCUGCGCUGCCCGCAGAUCGCGUGCAAUGCCGCCUCCACCGUUCUGGUAAAGACGCUGAAAUUUGUGAAAAAUGUACCAUGUUUUCGAGAGCUGCCAGCCGAAGACCAGCUGCUGCUGGUGCGAGGCGGCUGGGCUCAGCUUUUGGUACUUGGCAUGGCGCAGGACAGAGUGGACUUCGAGACGGCGGAGAGCCCCGAAUACAGCAUGUUACAGAGGAUUUUAACUGGCGGACAAGAUCCCCACGACACUCGGCAGUCGAGAAAUUGCCAGGGUGUGCCUUUGGCAGACAUCCGGAUCAUUAAGUCUUUCCUGAGCAGGUGUUGGGGUUUGGAUAUUAGUACGAAGGAAUACGCGUAUUUGAAGGGAGCUGUCCUGUUUAAUCCAGACCUGGUCGGUCUGCAGUAUCUCCACUACAUACACGGCCUGCAGCGGGAAGCGCACCAAGCACUUAAUGAAUACGUCAAAAUGAUCCACAGAGAGGAUUCCGCCAGAUUUGCCAAACUGUUUAUCGCUCUCUCCAUGCUGAGAUCGAUCAAUUCAAACGUCGUGGCCGAACUCUUUUUUAAACCGAUCAUCGGAUCCGUGAACAUGGAGCAACUUCUACACGAUAUGCUUUACGGGAAAUAGACAAACACAAGUAUGCAGAGACAUAAGAAAACCAGAGGGCCACUGAAAGACGAUCAAUGACCACAAACGAGACGCUAGCUAAAUUAUUUCUUGUUACACAGCAUAUUUUUCUAUAAUUAAAGUGUUCUUUGGACUUACCGCUUUGCCCAUAAAGUCUGUUUGUACCUGGACCCUGCGCAAAUAACAUACUGUGAUCCGAGUCAUUGUAUUCAUCGAUAGGAAAUCUGAUAAUUCACCCUCUAUAAUUAAGAUAUUAAUCUUACUUUCGUGUAUGACAUUUAUACAAAUCAAAUCGCAUAGUCUGACUUCUAAAAGGAGCAUAUUUAAACAGAAAAUGUUAGCAACAACUGAAACAUAAAGACUGUUUAACAUGACUUGUCAUAAUGAUAUUGCAACUGGCACGUCUAAGAUUAAUGGCUGUUAUUAAAAUUUGAAUCGGAGGAGACCUCUUUUAUUGCAAGGACUCUUCAUUUUAAUGCAACGCCCAUUAAAAUGCUCGAUAGCUUGAAACAGUAGUCAAAUUGUAUUUAAAGAAUUUCAAUAUUUGUAUCCGGAAGAGGGCAGUGUUUACCCAAGUACUACAGCAUCGGUCUUGGAUUCAGGUUUGGCGCCAGCCCAGUGUUCAGAUCGCUAAACUUCAAUUGAGAUAUUCACGUUGGCAAUAGUAAUACGUAUGCUAGUCAGGUAAAUAACUGUAUUCUUUUAUUGUGUCCGUAAUUACAUGUGACCCAGGCGAGGACUUGAAGCCGGGUCGUAGAAGUGCGAGGCAACAGUGCUAACCACUGCACCACCAUGUCACCCUACGUGAUUAUACAAUAUAAAAUUAUGAAUUGUGGGAAAUUGUCAGGCACAGAAAUAAAACUUUAUGCCAGAUGAACACUGUAGGCAUUAUCUCUGAAGAUUAUCUCUAUGCCUUCGGGAGGGAGCAUUUCUGAGCUUGAUGAUGGCAGAUUAGACAAAAGUUAUGCGUUGGCAAUAUAAAUGUUUAAAUCUACACAAAUAUGAUGUAUGCAUCCUAUAAUGCAGCUAAAAAAGUCAAAUUUGAAUUA